ACAAGAUGGGGGUAUUAUAUAGCCGGAGGCUGAUCAGGCAUUAUAUGUAAUUUGCAUUCGUACACUAAAAUUUUGCAGCUUUGAAGGAUUUAUAGUAGUUUUCUUUUGGAUUUAGCUGAAAAAAAUAUGUUUUCAACGGGUUUUUUCAGUACCCAUUUGAAAGUGCUGCUGAAUAUUGUGAUCUUUUGCUGUUUCUGCAACUGGGCAAGGGCUAUAACGCUACAAUCAGAUGUUCAGGCUCUGAUUGAGCUUAAAAAUGCUGUGGAGGCUGACUCAAUUGGGCAAACAACAUGUUUGGGGUCAUGGAAUUUUUCUGUGGAUCCCUGUGAUUCGAGGUCUACAAACCAGUUUGUGUGUGGAAUUAGGUGUGAUGUGAAAACUGGGGGUAAGAGCAGAGUCACAAGUUUUGCAUUGGAUGGAGUGGGAUACAGGGGCUACUUAAGCCCUUACAUUGGGAAUCUGACUGAGCUCACAGAGCUGGUCUUGGCAGGGAAUGGCUUCCAUGGAAGCAUUCCACAGAGCAUCACAGGGCUUGCCAGGCUUUACAGGCUUGAUUUAUCAGGCAACAUGUUCUCUGGGCCUCUACCUGAUUCCCUGGGAAGGCUUGUGAAUUUGCAGAUUUUGUCCCUGGGAAGGAAUAGGUUUAGUGGGCCUGUGCCUGGUUCAUUGAACAAUCUGAAAACAUUGCAGAGGCUGGAUUUGUCGUACAAUGCAUUGAGUGGCACGAUUCCUCCUUUGGGUGGACUGGGACAGCUGUAUAAUUUGGAUUUGAGUUAUAAUGGGUUUGUUGGUGUCAUCCCAUCACAGCUGCCUGUGUCUCUGUCACAGAUGACUCUGAGGUCAAAUUUUUUGACAGGGACCUUGCCUGCAAGUUUGAGUGGCCUCAGAGGUUUGGGUGUUUUGGAUCUGAGUGGUAAUAGGUUAAGCGGUUCCAUUGAUGGGUUACUGUUUUCACACCCAGAACUGCAGCAACUCAAUCUGUCAAACAACAGCUUUACUGCAAUUAGUGUACCCAAUAUGUCUGGGGUGGAGAGCUUACUGGUAGCUGUGGAUAUUGGAUUCAAUAGAAUUAGUGGGCUUUUGCCUUCCAACUUCUCAACUCUGCAGUCCCUGUCUGCUCUGUCACUGAGGUACAAUGGGUUUCAGGGCCCAAUACCUGCAGAGUACGCUGUUAAGGCUGCUGAUGGUGUGAAGCCUCUGGUUAGGUUGUUUUUGGAUGGCAAUUAUCUUAAUGGUGGGGUUCCUGCACAAUUUCUCAAAAUUCCUGCUGAGAAAAUCAGUGGGAGCUUUGCUGAUAAUUGUCUUAGAAGCUGCCCAUCUAGUGUUAUCCUAUGCCAGGGGAGCCAAAAGCCUGCUACUGUCUGCAGGAGAGCAUACAGGAGGAGAGCUCAAGUCCCAUGAGCUUGUUUCAGACUGAAGAUUAUUGUAAAAAUCUAAGCCCAGGCUCUUUUCAAUGUUGCCUCUUAAUAGGGUUACUGACAGAACCUGCUAUUUACCAAGGCCCGAAUUUGUAGUCUUGGGAAUUGAAAUUCAUGUCAUCUAUUAAAAUAUAUACAGUUAGAAUUAUUGUACAGUUCUAAUAAGAAUUUAAA